CAAACAAAAAAGGAUCAUACAUUAUAAUGGCGAAGAUAUCAAGAAAUAUACUCGUAUCUAACUAAAUACAAAAAAGUUUAGUCCAAUUGAGAAUCUCUUCCUUGUCUAAGUCACCAAAAAUAGUUUACUUAAUGAUUAUUAGAACUCGCUUGAAUAAGAAUCAUGGUUAAGGAAGAUGUUAUGUUAAUAAAAAAUAAUACAAUAAAGUUGUCACAUUAAUAAGAAUUUCUCUAAGAUUCCUAAUUCAUAUUAGUUGUUGUCCAGCGACUUCGCCGGCGUAAUUAGAUGAAAGAUUUUCAGGAUCAGAUCAUUGUUUCCGAAAAUUCCUGCCUACAAACAAACAAAAUUAGAAACUUUAUCUUUUUAUAAAUGUUAGUAUGUAUAGAUAACUCUUAAAAUUUACUUUCAGACAACGAUGGUCCGUAUUACUGGCACAUAAAAAGCGGUACGAUCCAGCGUGAGGUUCCCAAAAUGCCUCCGGUCGAAGCCAAAGACUCCCGGAUCUCGAUGGUGCGAGACUGCUCCAAUCUAUCCGAGGUCAACAAAUAUGAGGGGGUCAUGACCGGAUCGGUCACAAGGAGCACCACCAGUGGAGCCCUCGAUCAUGCCGAUCAAGAAGACAGGAGGAGGAAGGAAGAAAUGUCUUAUAAACGGCGCAGUUUCCCUGCCCGCCCGGAACCAGACAACGGUCGCGCGGUUCGUUUCUUCGUGCGUUCCCUCGGCUGGGUGGAGAUAUCCGAGUCUGAUCUGACGCCGGAGCGGUCCAGCCGCGCCGUCAACAAGUGCAUCGUCGACCUGAGCCUCGGCCGCAACGAUCUGCUUGAUCAAGUUGGACGUUGGGGUGACGGCAAAGAUUUAUUCAUGGACUUGGAUGAUGGCGCACUGAAGUUGAUAGAUCCUGAAAGUCUGACAACAUUGCAUACACAGCCCAUACACACCAUUCGUGUAUGGGGCGUCGGCAGGGACAAUGGACGAUGUGAAGCACCGGCGCGCAGUAUUGCUAAUGCACUGCGGGAUAUAUGCAAGAGGAUCAUGAUUGAGAGGUCUCUUCAGCCUCCGCCGCGUGCCUCUUUCCCCACACCUAUGGAGGAGCCACGUAAGACUGUCCGCGCACGUUACCUGGGUAGUGCCGAGGUGCCGCGUGCGACGGGCAUGGACGUCCUCAACGACGCCAUAGAACGUCUUGCGUGCGCGCGAGCACCAUCCGCUUGGCGGCCAGUCGCCGUUGCCGAAACCACACCACUGGUGGAAUGCCGUGUCCGCUAUCUGUCGUUCCUGGGCAUCGGUCGUGAUGUGCGUCGUUGCGCGUUCAUCGUGCACACGGCUCAAGACUUGUUCGUUGCGCACGCGUUCCACGCGGAGCCGUCCUCCGGGGCACUCUGCAAGACUAUUGAGGCGGCUUGUAAGCGUCGCUUGCGAGCGGAGGCAGCGCCGGAAGCGGCGGGAGCGGUGCGAGCGAUAACGGGCGUGCAUCGCUCGGGCAAGCGCUUAAAUCUUUCGUCGGGUCGCUCACCGGCCGCCGCUCCUCCUGAACCGAUGGUAUUGAUCUCACCACCACCGGUAGGUAAGAUAGACCUCACCGGACCCGCUUGUCAUCCCUCAGCUUUCGAUCACACAUCAAUGGCAGCGACUGUCUGCGAGGAUUUAGCCCCUGAUUCCCAACAUAGGGAUAGUCAGGACUGCUACUACCCGGAUACGAAACGUUCUACUGAUCAAGAAUGAUCUCAAGUUAUGCCGUAUGAGGUCGAAAUCUUUAUGGACUGUACAUACGUAUCGAGGAAAUCAACUUAUUUCUUACGAUAUUUUUUCCACUGACAUCGGAGCAUGCAUAUUCAAUAUAGCAUAAUA